AUGCUCACCUAAGAUGUCAUAUUCUAUUCUAUCGCUUCUACAAUCCUGUUCCUGUACGUCUUAUAUUUGAUAUGGGAAUACUCAGCAAAGGAUGUGCCCUUAUAUAUUAAGAUUUUAACCUUUAUAUCUUGGACCCUAACCUUUUCAAUUGUAUUGGUCCUACCAAUUGACAUUGCUAAUUCAACCAAACAGCAUGAUGAAACCUAAUAGUUAGAAACCAUGGGGAACAUCAAAGUAUUAUGGAGGAUUAUGUAUUGGGGAAACUUCUUUUUGGCAUGGUACAAAUUCAUAUUAUGCAGGUUGGUCUUACCCUUUUUUUAAGAUUAUGAAGGCUCCGGAGAUUUCGAUAUCAAAGGUAAAAUAAAGUACUCUUUGAAAAAGAAUUUAACAAUAUAUGGAGUGGGAACUGUAAUAAUUAUUGGAUUAGCCAUCUAUUUAUUGAUCAAGGAUAAUUUCGACUCAGCUCAUGUGGAAGGGGUUCUCAUAGGAGUGAGCAAUUUCUUUGGUUUGCUCCUCGUUGUCAUUCUUUUGGGAUAAGGUUUAGUAGCAAUUCCAAAACUAUACUACAGGGAACAUAAGGAGGAAGAAGUCUUGGAGUAGUGUUAUCAAUAAGCUGUGCUAUUAGAUGAGCAAAGAACUGAGAAAACCUAUGAACUGGAAGACAUUUGUAGGGUUACCCUUCAAUUGUUGCAGAAUGAAUACUCCGAUAGCGAAUUCAGUAGAUAUUUGAUGAUCAUUCUGCAAAACAUUCCUUAGGAAUUUCAAAAGAGCAUCAGACACACCUUAUAAAAGUACAAUGCUUCCAACAUACCAGAUAAAUACAAACCAUUGAAUCUAGAUGUAUUGGCUUCCAUACACAAGUAUGUGAAAUGCCUUAUGUUUGAUUUACAAAGAAUUCAAACCAAGCUCAAUAUUGCUAAUUAGUAGGCAUUGAAGUUUGAAAGGAAAGACUUAGCAGAUGAUGAGACAUAAUUUGAAACAAAAUUGUCUAAAAUGAUAUAUAAGAUUUCUAUUAUUUGGAAUCUAAGGCUCAGAAAAUAUUACUGUGUGUUUUUGGCCAUAACCUAUGCCCUUCUUAGUUUAUUAAUCCUAUUUUGUGAGUUAAUCACUUUUGUGGCCAAAACGAACAAGAAUUUGAACCCCUAUUACUUAUUACUGUCCUCCAUCAACAGGUAUUAUUUAACUGAACUUGUUUUGCUCUUGCCUUUGCUUUAUAUGAUGUUUUGCACCUAUUAUGGCUUGUUUGCAAUGAAAAUCUCUGGAUUGAUUUCAUUCAAUAAACAUCAUCAUACAGAUGCUCCUAGCUUAAUGUUUGGUUCUAUUAACUUUGCCAGAGUGAGUUUCCCCUUGUGUUUCAAUUUCAUUCAAAUUACAGACAUAUUGGAAGAUUAGGCCACUUCUUUCAGUGAGACAGUAGGGAAUCUGGCAGAGUCUCUUUUUGUAUAGAGUUACAAAACCAUACUGCCCUUGAUGUUGUUGAUUAUGUGCUUUUUCAAUUUAUUCAAUAUUGGUGAUAAGUUGAUGAGGACUAUAGGUUUGGGAUAAUAUGCUCAAUAGGAGAGGAUAUCAGGAAUGAGUUUGUAAGGAAAGAAGAUUAUAGAGUAAGAAAGAGAGCUGAGGAAGAAGAGCAAUGUUAAUGAGAGCAAUUCUCAGAUUGUAUUUCAGGAAUUGCAGAUUAUGCCAAAAAGCAAGGUCCAGGAUGAAGAGGAGACUUCAAGAAAAAACUCAUAAAAUUAGGGAAUUAGAAAUUUUGAUUAAAUUCUAAGCAUUUGA